GGCGCUGCCGCCGCCGGUGCCGCCGGUGCCGGUGCCGGGGCUCGUCUUUCGGCUCGGCGGGGCCGGGGGUGGGGGGCGGGAGGGCGGAGGGGGGAGGCAGCCCCCCGGCGGAGCAUCCGCAAGAUGCUGCGGGCGGCCCCGCGGCUGCUGAGGACGAUCUGCACCACGGGCGCGGCUUAUCAGAAUAAGCUAAAGCUAGCCCUUAUAGGUCAAAGCAUUUUUGGACAAGAAGUUUAUAACAAGCUGAGAAAAGAAGGCCAUAAAGUUGUGGGAGUAUUCACAGUGCCUGACAAGAAUGGACAAGCUGAUCCUUUGGCACUGGCAGCAGAGAAGGAUGGCACUCCUGUUUUUAAGUUUCCCAGAUGGAGAGCUAAAGGCAAGCCUAUCCAGGAAGUAGUUGCAGCCUACAAAUCCGUUGGAGCAGAGCUAAAUGUCCUUCCGUUCUGUACACAGUUCAUCCCUAUGGAUGUUAUUGACUGCCCAAAACAUGGCUCAAUUAUUUACCAUCCAUCCAUCCUACCACGGCACCGAGGAGCUUCUGCAAUCAACUGGACUUUAAUUCAAGGAGAUAAGAAAGCAGGAUUUACAAUUUUCUGGGCUGAUGAUGGUUUGGACACCGGACCAAUACUUCUGCAGCGAGAAUGUGACGUUGGCCAAAACGAUACCGUGGAUGAUCUGUAUAACCAGUUUCUCUUCCCAGAGGGAGUAAAGGCUAUGGUGGAAGCUGUACAUCUAAUUGCUGAUGGUAAGGCACCUCGUAUACCUCAGCCUGAAGAAGGGGCAACAUAUGAAGGGAUCCAGAAAAAGGAAAAUGCAGAGAUCUCCUGGGAUCAACCUGCAGCAGCUUUGCACAAUUGGAUCCGAGGGCAUGAUAAAGUACCUGGAGCGUGGGCAACAGUAGAUGGCCAGGUGGUUACAUUUUAUGGAUCAUCAUUACUUGAUGCUUCGGUGCCUGCUGGACAAGAGCUGGCAAUAAAAGGUGCUUCAAGACCUGGACUUGUAACCAAGAAUGGCCUGGUCAUUUUUGGUAACGAUGGGAAGAUGGUACUAGUGCGAAAUCUACAGUUUGAGGAUGGAAAAAUGAUCCCUGCAUCUAAAUACUUCUCUGCUGAUGAAGCAACUGCCCUGGAACUUACAGAAGAGGAAAAAAGGAUGGCAGAAGAUAUUAGGGCCAUUUGGAAAGGAAUUUUGAGCAAUAUUGCUGUAAUUGAGGAUUCCACAGACUUCUUCAAAUCUGGAGCAUCCUCUAUGCAUGUUGUCAGAAUGCUAGAAGAAAUCAAACAGAAAUAUAGUGGGCUUCAGCUACAGAAUGAAGAUGUGUAUAUGGCCACUAAGUUUGCAGACUUUGUUCAGAUGGCUGUCAGAAAACUCAGAGGAGAGGACAAAGAAGAAGAAUUGGUCAUUGAUUAUGUUUCAAAAAAUGUGAACAACAUGACUGUGAAUAUGCCAUACCAGUGUUUCAUAAAUGGUCAAUUUAUAAAUGCUGAUGAUGGAAAAACAUACGACACCAUAAACCCAACAGAUGGAUCAAUAAUAGCCAGUGUAUCUUCUGCUUCAUUGGCUGAUGUUGACAAAGCAGUGGCAGCAGCAAAAGAGGCAUUUGAAAAUGGUGAAUGGGGAAGAAUGAAUGCAAGGGAAAGAGGGCGACUCAUGUACAGACUUGCAGACCUGAUGGAAGAACAUCAAGAAGAGUUAGCAACCAUAGAGUCUAUUGAUUCAGGAGCUGUCUAUACUUUAGCUUUGAAGACCCAUAUUGGAAUGUCUGUGCAAACAUUCAGAUACUUUGCUGGAUGGUGUGACAAAAUUCAGGGUGCUACAAUUCCAAUCAACCAGGCCCGGCCAAACCAUAAUCUAACAUUCACCAAGAAAGAGCCAAUAGGUGUCUGCGCAAUUGUUAUCCCGUGGAAUUACCCACUGAUGAUGCUCGCAUGGAAGAGUGCAGCAUGCUUGGCUGCAGGCAACACAUUGGUUCUCAAGCCAGCUCAGGUCACACCUCUGACUUCUUUGAAGUUUGCAGAACUCUCAGCUAAAGCUGGAUUUCCUAAGGGUGUUAUAAAUAUUCUGCCUGGUUCAGGUGGCCUAGUGGGACAGCACCUGUCUAAACAUCCAGAUGUUCGCAAAAUUGGAUUCACCGGUUCUACACCAACUGGUAAAGAGAUCAUGAAGAGUGCAGCCACUAAUCUGAAGAAAGUUUCACUUGAACUUGGAGGUAAAUCACCACUGAUCAUAUUCAACGACUGUGAUCUUGACAGAGCUGUAAAAAUGGGUAUGGGAGCAGUAUAUUUCAACAAAGGAGAAAACUGCAUUGCUGCUGGCAGGCUGUUUGUGGAGGAGUCAAUCCAUGAUGAAUUUGUUAGAAAAGUGGUGGAAGAAAUUAAAAAGAUGAAAAUUGGUGACCCACUUGAUAGAUCUACGGAUCACGGUCCACAAAAUCACAAGGCGCAUUUGGAAAAGCUGCUGCAAUAUUGUGAAACUGGAGUAAAAGAAGGAGCCACUCUAGUGUACGGAGGAAAGCAAGUAUGUAGACCAGGUUUCUUCAUGGAACCCACUGUAUUCACAGAUGUUGAAGACCAUAUGUAUAUUGCCCAGGAAGAGUCCUUUGGUCCUGUGAUGGUGAUUUCCAAAUUUAAAAAUGGGGAUGUUGAUGGAGUGCUGCGACGGGCAAACACCACAGAAUAUGGUUUAGCUUCAGGCGUUUUCACAAAAGACAUAAGCAAAGCACUCUAUAUCAGUGAAAAGCUAGAAGCUGGGACAGUUUUUAUAAAUACAUAUAACAAAACAGAUGUGGCAGCACCAUUUGGUGGAUUUAAACAGUCUGGCUUUGGAAAAGAUUUAGGUGAAGAAGCUCUUCAUGAAUAUCUCAGAACAAAGGCCAUCACUGUGGAAUAUUAACAGCCUCACUUGGAAAGUAAACUUUUGGCAAAGUUUUAAUCUUAAGGACUCCACAAAGCACUUAAUACCAUGCCCAGGAUAUGCUGUCUGCAGUGUUACAACUAGAAAAAAAGAAUACACCCAUUCCAUAGAUAAAUUUCCGUAAAUCAGGUCCAAAUUUUAGUCUCACUGAAAGACAAAGGUAUUUGGGAAUUAACCUGAAGUUAUUUAAAUUAUCCAGCAACAGUAGCAGUUGUAAGCACAAGCAAAAAAAAAAAAAGUAUUUUAAAAAAUAAGCCAAACCACAACUGAAGGAUAAGUUCUCACAUGCCUACUACUUAUUUGUGUGAACAUAGUAUCUACAUGAUCAUUUUUAAUCCUUAGUCAUAAAGCUUGACUUAAAGUUGAACUAAAAUAUGCAUAUUAUGUCAUUUUUGCUAUAAACGAGUUCAAGUUUUACAGUAGCAAUUAAACAUUCUGCUCUGGUGAUUCUUCAACAGUACAGAAAACCUUUGUGCCAUAAGUAAAUCAAUGCAAGAAAGUGCACUUACUAUGAUCUUUGUAUAACACAUACAGAGUUCAACAUCAGUGUUAAAACUAUGCAUAUCAAGCUAAAGUUACCUGAAAAUAUUUUCUAUCUUUUUGUUAAUAUGGAACAUGUGAUCUGCCUGCAGUUUGAAAGGUGUUUACACUAACAGAUUAAAAUCACUUUGUGUCUGUGCAGAUGGACUGUUAUCACCGUUUUAUAUUAACCUACUGGAAAAUCUAUUUUAAAAUGACUGAGUUAAGACAUUGGCUUUCAAACUUUCUUCAGUUUGAAGCUUUCCGAACAGAUCAAGACCUUAUCUAACAAACUAAACCUACUAGGACUGCUUGCUCUUCUUAGUCUGCAACUCCACCUAGAGUUUAACAUGAUCUGUGAGCUACCAUUAAAAGUAGCAGCCCCAUUCUUUGAUUCCCAUCCUUUCCAUUCCCUAAAAUACUCGGUGACUUAACCAGCUAAUCUCAGUGAAUCGUGCCCCCCUUCCAUUUUUAAGAAGCCACACUGUGAAAGACCAGAAUCCUUGUAAUUUCUAAUCAGAAACACUACCAAACAGAUCAUAAAACUCUAGAAUUAAGUGCUAGAUUUAAAAUAAAUGGUGUAAAUAAUUGCAGGUUUCAAGUCAUGAUAUUUUAAAUUUAAUAUUUGAGUAAAUACAAAUAUAGAAAAUUUUACUUUAAUGGUGUAGAAAAUACAAAGUUCCUUUAAGAAACAAACUGUGAUAUCCAGGAGCAUCAUAGAUUCUUCUGAAAUGCAAAGCCAUCUGUAAAGUAAAUUCAACAGCCCAAAUCAUUGUAUUUGAUCAAUCUGAGGAGAGUACGAAUAAGACAUAACUUCACUGAUUACAGUUCCACAACUGUUUCAAGCUAGUUCAACCUCAGUACCGGCAUACUGAAAAUUAACCUUCUUAUUCUUCUGGCAAUGGCAGUUGUUAACCAAAUGGAGAGGACAGAAACGUGGUAGAGAAAGUGGGAGAUUAGAAGUGUGGCUUAGAGCAGUUGUAACACCACAAAGGCAGACUUAACCAUGUAAGUACCAAGGAUAUCUACACUAUAGCCACAAACAUUGCAGAUAUGAGCUAGUUCAGGGACUAGCAGCAACCCACCCAUAACUCAGUGCAAGCCAAGAAGGAUAAGUAAUCCUUUAUCAAACUCUCUCAAGUCAUGGCUUGUUACAAAGCUGUCCUUUACCGUGCUACCUCAUCUUGAAAUGGCUCCAACCACUGCUUUGGUGUUCAACAGCUACUAUCAUGAGUGCAAUGUAGACAACCUCUGAUGUACUUUAAGGUAACGUUUAAUAUUGAAGACAUGGUACAUAACAUUUCACAGGACACCAUAUAAAAGAAAUAAAAUAUUUUUCUCCUAGUUACCUCUUUCCUCCCCUUGAAGCGAAUAUUUAUUUUAAGCACACUACAAAAAUCUUUAUUCAACAAAGCAACAGUUCUUAAAUAGCUCUGCAGCACGCCUUCCUGUUCAAGUGCCCCAAAUUCUAGCCACUUUCUUUGUCUAACCUCAUGAUGAAGCUUGGAAUUUCCAUUUUGUUUGAUGAAUAAGACAGUACUUAAUCUUCAGAGAUGCAGCUUGCCUCAGAGUCAUGAGUAGAUCCUGAAUUUUCCUCUAUGUAAACUAUAGCAUUUUAUGUGAUCCUGGGAAGUGUCACAUUUUGCAUCACAUUGGUGAUGCAAAAAACACGGUAGUUUUAAGGGCCAAAUUGUCAAAGAAAGAAAACAGUUUGUUUGUUUGUUUUUUCUUUUAAAAAAAAGUAAAAUAAAAAUGGAUUUACUCAUUCA